AUGUACACAGAUGAACAAAUAUUAAGUAUGGACACCAAAAAGCCCGAUGUGAAACAUAUCGCUGAUAUAGUGGGUGAAUGGGGUAAAUGGCAGUUCAUAUUCUGCACCUACUGUUUCCUGUUGUGGGGAUCCGCGGCCUUCAUUAACAUGGGAUAUGCAUUUCACGCUAAAAGUGUGGACUUCUGGUGCGCCGACACACCAACUAAUCUCACUUCACAACAUUUAAGCGAUUCCGCGAAAUGCCAUAAAUAUACUAAUCCAAACGAAAGUUGCACUCAUUGGGAGUACAAUAGGACUCAGUUUAGGAAAACAAUCAUUACUGAAUUUGAUUUAGUGUGCGAUCGAGCAAACUAUGCCUCUAAUUGGGUUCGGAAAAAGUACAACCCAAUACACCACAGCCCAAAACAACACAGGGUGAUAAUGCUCGAGUGUUGUGGUCCUAAAUAUCGCUCAGAUAUAUCAAUAUUAUCAGGAGUUGGAUGGGUAUUAGGCUAUGUAUUAUUGCCUCCAUUUGCAUAUUGGUUGCAGGACUUUCGAUACAUGCAAUUCAUAUCGGCUUUACCAAUGAUAGUGAUGAUGAUCUGGUUUUAUUACCUUCAUGAGUCCCCGCGAUGGCAGUUAGCCAAUGGACAGAUAGACAGGGCUGAGGUUACUAUUAGAAAGGCAUUGCAAAUGAACGGCAAAUCUAUUAACAACUUGAAGAAUCAAAUGAUGCAAUUGGCUAAUAGUAUGCAAAGAACUCCAGAUACAAUUAAAAGUGAAAAAGGUCACAAUAUGCUCGAUUUGUUUAAAACACCAAAUAUUAGAAAAUACACGUUAAUUAUAUGGUAUUCAUGGAUUGUAAACGCAUUGAUUUAUUACGGCCUGAGUUUUAAUAUGUCUGACUUUGGGGGCAAUUUCUACAUAACAUUCCUGUUGGCGGGUUUGAUGGAACUUCCGGCACAACUCUUCACCCCUAUAUUCCUGCGAUAUAUCGGUCGACGAAAACUGUACGCAAUGUUUAUGAUAAUUACAGCCUUGUCUUGUGUGGCAGUGAUUCCCGCCCAGAGCUCAUGGCUUCGGGUAUUGUUUGCUUUGGUCAGCAAAUACGGGAUCAGCACCUCUUGGAAUGUACUUACUAUUCACGGAUCAGAAAUCUAUCCGACAGUUAUCCGCAACACAGGAAUGGGCGUCGCGUCAGUUGUCGCUCGUAUCGGCUCUAUUAGCGCACCCUUUAUGGGAAAUCUGACACAUGUGACAAGUUUAUCAUUUGUGAUGAUAUUAUACGGUGUACUGACUUCUGUGGGCGGAAUAUUAGGCAUGUUUUUACCGGAAACUAAAGACAAGGAAAUUCCCGACACAUUAGAAGAAGCUGAAAAUUUAGGAAACAAUAAUAUUAUUUAA